ACAAAAAGAGAGAGAUGUAGAGUGAGAGAGAGAAACAGAGAGAGAAGUACAAGUUGAAGAAAAUAAACAUUUCGAUGCAAAGCGAGAAUGGUGAGUGCAUUGAAUGGCUUUGGGCUGGCCAUCGGCUGCAUGGACAUCAUAGGAGCUUUGUUCUUUGAGCUGAUGAUUAUUUUCAUGAUGCGCCAGAGCAACGCCAGAAAGGCAAACAGGCCAACAGCCAGUGAGCUGGAGCAGUCGACGCAUGCGACAAGGCUUUACAGCAACAACGUAAGUCCAUGGAUGCUGGGGACUUACCUGCUCCUAUUGAAUGUGUGGAUAGUUGUGUCAAUGCUGAUGCUCGCCGGGAUCUUAUUGCACAAGCCACAGCUGUUGUUGUUCUGGCUUAUCUGGUGUGCGGGAGGGCUGCUAUUCGACUUUGUGUUUGUGGUUCUAUGGAUCCUAGAGCUGCUGGCGGGCGAUGCCAUUGAAGCGCUAACCAACAUCCUGUUGUCAUUGCUGACUAUGGGCAAGUUAUGCAUCCACAACUACGAUCUACGGUCUAAUAUAUUUUCCGAUCUCCUCAGCUGUCGAACUCGCCUUUAUAUUUAUUGUAUACCACAUUUAUUUUAA